GUUCGAGCGCCUCGGCGGCGGUUUGCCUAGUGGCCCGCGCGGCGGCGUCGCGGUGCGGGAACCGGUCCCCGUUGACAGCUCCGCGUCUUCCGGCCGCGCCACUCGGGAGGCGGCUUCCUCCCGGCGCUCCCUCCGCGAGUCCGCGCGGCCUCCGAGGAGAAGCGAGAGGCGGCGGAGGUCGUCGGGGGCGGCGGGCGGGGAGCGCGCUCCCGCUUCCCCGGCGGCGGCCGCAGGACAAUGGAGGUGGCUGUGGAGAAGGCGGCUGCGGCGGCGGCUCCGGCCGGGGGCCCCGCAGCGGCGGCGCCGAGCGGAGAGAACGAGGCCGAGAGCCGGCAGGGCCCGGACUCGGAGAGCGGCGGCGAGGCAGCCCGGCUCAACCUGUUGGACACUUGCGCCGUGUGCCACCAGAACAUCCAGAGCCGGGCACCCAAGCUGCUGCCCUGCCUGCACUCGUUCUGCCAGCGCUGCCUGCCCGCGCCCCAGCGCUACCUCAUGCUGUCGGCGCCCGCGCCGGGCUCGGCAGAGACCCCUCCACCCGCGCCCGCCCCCGCCCCCGCCCCAGGCUCCCCGGCCGGUGGUCCUUCGCCAUUCGCUACCCAAGUUGGAGUCAUUCGAUGCCCCGUGUGCAGUCAAGAAUGUGCUGAAAGACACAUCAUAGACAACUUUUUUGUGAAGGACACCACUGAGGUUCCCAGUAGUACAGUAGAAAAGUCUAAUCAGGUAUGUACAAGCUGUGAAGACAACGCAGAAGCCAAUGGGUUUUGUGUAGAAUGUGUUGAGUGGCUCUGCAAAACGUGUAUUAGAGCUCACCAGCGGGUGAAGUUCACCAAAGACCACACAGUCCGGCAGAAAGAAGAAGUGUCUCCAGAGGCAGUUGGUGUGACCAGUCAGCGACCAGUGUUCUGUCCAUUCCAUAAGAAGGAGCAGUUGAAACUUUACUGUGAAACAUGUGACAAGCUGACAUGUCGGGACUGCCAGCUGCUAGAACACAAAGAGCAUAGAUAUCAAUUUAUAGAAGAAGCUUUUCAGAAUCAAAAAGUGAUCAUAGAUACACUAAUCACCAAACUGAUGGAAAAAACAAAAUAUAUAAAGUAUACAGGAAAUCAGAUCCAAAACAGAAUAAUUGAAGUAAAUCAAAACCAAAAGCAGGUGGAACAGGAUAUUAAAGUUGCCAUCUUUACGUUGAUGGUGGAGAUAAACAAGAAAGGGAAAGCCCUGCUGCACCAGCUUGAGAGUCUUGCAAAGGACCAUAGAAUGAAACUUAUGCAACAACAGCAGGAAGUGGCUGGACUUUCCAAGCAGUUAGAGCACGUCAUGCAUUUUUCUAAAUGGGCUGUUUCCAGUGGCAGCAGUACAGCAUUGCUUUACAGCAAGCGGCUGAUUACAUAUCGGUUACGGCACCUUCUUCGUGCAAGGUGUGAUGCCUCUCCUGUGACCAACAAUACCAUCCAGUUUCACUGUGAUCCUAGUUUCUGGGCCCAAAAUAUUAUCAACUUGGGUUCUUUAGUAAUCGAAGAUAAAGAGAGCCAGCCACAAAUUCCUAAGCAGAAUCCUGUCAUGGAACAGAGUUCCCAGCCACCAGGUGGUUUACCUUCCAACCAGUUAUCCAAGUUCCCAACACAGAUCAGCCUAGCUCAGUUACGACUCCAGCAUAUGCAGCAACAGGUAAUGGCUCAGAGGCAACAGGUGCAACGGAGGCCAGCACCUGUGGGUUUACCAAACCCUAGGAUGCAAGGGCCCAUCCAGCAGCCUUCCAUCUCUCAUCAGCAUCCGCCACCACGUUUAAUAAACUUCCAGAACCACAGUCCUAAACCCAAUGGACCAGUUCUCCCUCCUUAUCCUCAACAGCUGAGAUAUCCACCAAACCAGAAUGUGCCACGACAGAUAAUAAAACCCAACCCCCUGCAGAUGGCUUUUUUGGCUCAACAGGCCAUAAAACAGUGGCAGAUCAGCAGUGGACAGGCUCCGCCCACAACUGCCAGCAGCUCUUCCUCCACUCCUUCCAGUCCCACAAUCACAAGUGCAGCAGGAUACGAUGGAAAAGCUUAUAAUUCACCCAUGAUUGAUCUGAGCGCGCCAGUGGGAGGGUCUUACAACCUUCCAUCUCUUCCAGAUAUUGAUUGUUCAAGUACUAUCAUGUUGGACAAUAUUGCAAGGAAAGAUACAAGUGUAGAUCAUGGCCAGCCAAGACCUCCAUCAAACAGAACAGUGCAGUCACCAAAUUCAUCCGUGCCGUCUCCAGGCCUUGCAGGACCUGUUACUAUGACUAGUGUCCAUCCCCCAAUACGUUCACCUAGUGCCUCCAGUGUCGGGAGCCGAGGAAGCUCUGGCUCUUCCAGCAAACCAGCAGGAGCUGAUUCUACACACAAAGUCCCAGUAGUCAUGUUGGAGCCAAUCCGAAUAAAACAAGAAAACAGUGGACCACCUGAAAAUUAUGAUUUUCCUGUUGUUAUAGUAAAACAAGAAUCGGAUGAAGAAUCUAGAACUCAAAAUACUAACUAUCCAAGAAGUAUACUUACUUCCCUCCUCUUAAACAGUAAUCAGAGCUCUGCUUCUGAGGAAGCUAUGUUAAGAUCUGAUGCUCCUGAUAGCACAGGAGAUCAACCUGGACUUCAUCAGGAAAAUUCCUCAAAUGGAAAGCCUGAGUGCCUGGAUGCCUCCCAGAAGUCCCCUGUGCAUGUCGGGGAGACAAGGAAGGAGGAUGACCCCAAUGAAGACUGGUGUGCAGUUUGUCAAAAUGGAGGGGAACUCCUUUGCUGUGAAAAGUGUCCUAAAGUAUUCCACCUCACUUGUCACGUGCCCACAUUGACAAAUUUCCCAAGUGGAGAAUGGAUUUGUACUUUCUGCCGAGACUUAUCUAAGCCAGAAGUUGAGUAUGAUUGUGAUGCUCCCAGUCACAACUCAGAAAAAAGGAAAACUGAAGGCCUUACUAAAUUAACGCCAAUAGAUAAAAGGAAAUGUGAACGCCUGCUUCUGUUUCUUUACUGCCAUGAAAUGAGCCUGGCUUUCCAAGACCCUGUUCCUCUAACUGUGCCUGAUUAUUAUAAAAUAAUUAAAAACCCAAUGGACUUGUCAACCAUCAAGAAAAGACUUCAGGAGGAUUAUUGCAUGUAUACAAAGCCUGAAGAUUUUGUAGCUGAUUUCAGAUUGAUCUUUCAGAACUGUGCUGAAUUCAAUGAGCCUGAUUCGGAAGUAGCCAAUGCUGGUAUAAAACUUGAAAGCUAUUUUGAAGAACUUUUAAAGAACCUUUAUCCAGAAAAAAGGUUUCCAAAACUAGAAUUCAGGAAUGAACCAGAAGAUAUUAAGUUCAGUGAUGACUCGGAUGAUGACUUUGUGCAGCCCCGGAAGAAGCGUCUCAAGAGCCUGGAGGACCGCCAGCUGGUUAAGUGAGCAGCUUCCGGCCAUACACUCUCUAAGAAAAUUUCCUUUCCAAAAUAAAAACAAAACAAAACCUUGUCAGUGAUUUAACACCGCUACAAAGGAGGGUUUGUGACCUCUUUGAUCUGUGUUUGCUGUUUACUAGACUUUGGUUUUUAAUAACCCAUUUCUUUAACCUCUUGUCAUUGGUAAUUUAAAAAAGAGGAAAUGUGUAGAAGAAUAAAGGGAGGAAGAAAGAUAGAAAAAGAAGAAACUGCAAAGAAAGAAAAGACAUUCUUCCCACUUGGAUUUCAUGCAACAGUCGGGAAUAAAAGCUACAAUAGAAAGAAAAUAGAUUUUGAAGUAAGUUGAGAUUUUAGUGUGAUACGAGUGUGUGUGGUAAUCCAUUUUAGAAUAUUAAUGCUACUACUCACUAAUUAUGGUCAACAAUAAGAGUUAGGUUUACUGUGCUUAAAAGCAGCCCUCCCCAAACAUGAGUGGGAAGAAGAGUCCUUUCCUGAGUGCCUGCUGGAAAGGUGUAGACAGAUGCUCUUAAGACACCUAGUAGUGUCUAUGUAAGAUGGCAAAUGCAUUAAAGGAAAUCAGGAAAAACAAAUGUUUGCUUAUUGGUUUUGUUCUUCUCUUGUCUGUUGGAGAUGCUGGGCAUAGCAGGUCUUCAAGGCCAUUCUUUCAUGGAUUCCUAGAUCUACCUUUUCUUCAGCUUCCUUUAAGGAAGUAAGUGUGCAUGUUAGCUGUUGCUGUUGAUUUUCCCCUACUGUGCAGGUGAUGCUCAUAGAGCAAGCCUCAUUGUGUUCAGUGUGGCUCUUCUCUUGUUUGUUAGUUUUGGGGUUUUGUUUGUUUGUUUUAUCGAGACAGGGUCUCACUAUGUAGCCCUGGCUGUCCUGGAACUCACUGUGUAGACCAAGCUGGCCUUGAACUCAGAGAUCCACCUGCCUCUACCUCCUGAGUGCUGGGAUUAAAAGUGUGUGCCACUCUGCCCAGCUCACGGUAUGGCUUUUAGUAGUACCGUCAAAUAUAAAAUACAAUAGGGUACACAUGCAAUAUUUGAUAGAAGAUUUCUUCAACUUGUGCCCUGGUGGCCACCCAGUUUAAGUUCCCUGAAAGGGCUUUCAUCUGUCUUUAUCAUUUCAAGUGGAAAGUAUGUUGUGGGGUUUGGAAGAAAUCAAUUGUGGGGGGUGGUAUAAGUGGGAAAAAAUAUUUUUUUCUGAAGCAUCUGUUUGCUGGCCCUCUGCUCACUCGUUUUUUGUUUUUAACAGAACUCUAUAUUUUAUCAUUGCUCUGCCUUAGUUUAGAAUUUAAUUUUCUUUUUGGGAGAGAGAAAAAAUUUAUUCCUUUUGCUUGUUUGGUUUUUGUUGUUGUUUUGUUUUUUUAGGGGGGAGGGGGGCUGAGAUGAACAAAGCACCAAUGAGAUUAAGAUAGAAUAAAAUCAUUGUACCAUUGUACUAGCCCAAUACUUGACAAAUACAAGGGCAUCUUUAGUUUGCCAUAGCAAACUUGAGUGUUAAAGCUUUUUAAUUGUUUGACUAGAAACAAUUUUUUCUUUGGGUUGACGGAAGAAAACACAGCUGGCAUGAGGAUGUGUUUGGUUGCAUUGCCUCCCAUGAAUUAAAAUGUAGCUGGAAGUACCAGCACUUGGAAGAUGGAGGCAGGAGAAUCAAAAGUUCAAGGUCAUCUUACAUAGCCAGGUUUAGGCCAGACUUAUGCUAUAUGAGACCCUGUUUGGGUGGGGGCAAAGACGAUGAUUCCUAUCCAUGUCACAUUUCUGAGAUUGUUAGCUGGAGAAUGUUGUGUGCAUACCUUAUUAGCAAUAGUUUCCCAUUCUCUAAGUAAACAAUCUAUAAUCCAGUUAUGUAUUGUAACAGUCUUAAUCAGUUUUCUAAAUAAUGUGUUAUAUGGUGAUAUUUGUUAUGGUGAUUUGAAUGUGCAGCUGACAUUUGUUGUUCAAACACAGUCUGAACAAACUGACAAUAUAUAGACCCUUGGAAGUGGGGUUCAGUUCGGUCUGGCCUUGAACUCUGGUCCUUCUACCUCUACCUCCCUGGUGCAGGGAUUAAAGUAGUGUGCCACCAUGCCCUCGGCUUUGGGGUUUUUGUUUUGUUUUGUUAUUGGGGGAAGUGGAUGAUAUACAUACCUUAAAACUUGUAUGGUUAAGUCCAGCAUUUAGAGUGUAACAGCUGCAGAACCUUCUCUUUUUUUUUUAAUAUUUUAAAGAUUUAUUUAUUUUAUUUCACAUGUAUGCUUGUUUGCCUCCAUAUAUAUCUGUGCGCCGUGUAUGUGCCUGGUGCCCACCCACUAGGCUAGAAGAGGGUGUUGGAUACCCUGGAACUGGCAUUACAGAGGAUGGUCAGCCACCAUAUGGGUGCUGGGAACCAAACCUGGGUCCUCUGUAAGAGCAAUAAAUGCUCUUAACCACUGAGCCAUCUCUCCAGCCCCAGCUGUGGAACUUUGGGCAAUACGUUUCUUUUUGCUAUCUUAGAAUACUGUUCUCUGGUAGACUGUCUUCCAUACUUGUCACUUGAGUUAAAGCAGUACUUACGUAAAUUAUUUUGAGAAUUACCACUAAGGGGGAGGCAGGGCUUCAAUAAGGUAAACAUAAUUUUUAUGUAUUUCAGCCAGAAUGUCUACUAAUACACCCCAAACAGUCACUAUUAGAGUCUAUGCCAUAGUAACCUUUCAAAAUAAUGUUACAUUUCAUCAUUACAAGUUUUUGCUGAAUCAAAGACAGUUCAGAACCAUGUUUCAUGUAAUGAUACAUAAUAUAUUAUCAAAAGUAAAUGUCUUGUUUUUUUUUUCUAUAAGUAACACUAUUGUCAUGAUCUCUAAGUCUCAUGACCUGAUCAUUGAAAGUAACAAUGUGUUCAGGUGGAUCCAAGCUAAAUCGUCAUAAACUCUUAACAGAAAAACAGUCGAACUCUACCCCACAUUAGUAAGAAAAUAAAAUGUUCAUUAUGAUUAAUCAGCCUUGAUCUAAACUUAUUCCAGCGUUUACCUCUGAGAGCCCUGGAUCAACGUUCUCCUGCCACAGACAUAAUGUUCUUGCAGAAUGUGACCAUUACCUUUGGCAGAGGUUUAUAGAUAUGGAGACCACACUGGGGGUGGGAUUUACUUAACUCCAACUCAAAGCUUUCCCGUGUGCCAAGCACCUGGUCUCUCUGGCAGUAGGGAAACUCCCAUAGACAGCGACUUGCAUGGUCAAGGCAGAAGCAUAAAUGGACUGAGCAGUAAUAAAGGCAAAUGACACCUUCACAUCAGUGGCUGGCAGUGUGGUCCCCCGCAGUCACAGGCCUGUAACUUGAGAACACUGUCAGAAAGGCCCCUCCCGCCAGGAUGGUGAAUACACUGCCAAUUCCUCAUUUAGAAGGUACAUUUGCAGUUCACUGCUGUUACCAGUGUGUACAUUUUUUAUAUUGUUGAACAUGUAUAGAAGGCUCUCCUUUUGCUGAGGCCUGAUCCAAACUAAUUUGAGUUGCUUCCUGAGAACCAAAAGAUUUUGAGUUGCAAUUGAAAGUGUCGUAAAAAGAAAGUUGUAUUCAUUUCCUGUUUAUCUAAAGUCCAUAUGAAUGAGGGAAAUAGAGUGAUUGGUUGGUCAUUAAAAUUGUGAAUGUGACCCUGAA